AGGAGGCCCGUGCUGACGGCCCGCAACUUCACCAUGGCCUCGGCCGAGCUGGAUUACAGCAUCGAGAUCCCGGAUCAGCCCUGCUGGAGCCAGACAAGGAAGUGGUCAUUUUCCUUAUUGAACCCUCUGAGCCAGUACACCGUUGAGCCUUCUGCAGUCGUGAUCUUGCUGAGUUUUUUCCAGUGUUAGCCCCAUUUCACAGAUGGAGGAACUGGAAAGGGGAAGGGUGUCUCAUGUGCCUCAGGCUGACUUCGAACCUUGACUUCACUCUCUAACUGACGACAACCUUGAACUUCUGAUCCUCUCGUCGCCACCUCCGGGGAACUAGGACGAUCUAGAGAACAGCCAAGGUGGGAAGGAGGCCGGGAAGCAACAGCCUGUGGUGAUUCUCUUGGGCUGGGGUGGCUGCAGGGACAAGAACCUGGCCAAGUAUAGUGCCAUCUACCACAAAAGGGGCUGCAUUGUGAUCCGAUACACGGCCCCCUGGCACAUGGUCUUCUUCUCUGAGUCCUUGGGCAUCCCCUCGCUUCGUGUGGUGGCCCAGAAGCUGCUGGAGCUCCUCUUUGACUAUGAGAUUGAGCGGGAGCCUCUGCUUUUCCAUGUCUUCAGCAAUGCCGGCGUCAUGCUCUACCGCUACGUGCUGGAGCUCCUUCAGACCCAUCAGCGCUUCCGCCAUUUGCAUGUGGUGGGCACCGUCUUUGACAGUGGCCCUGGGGAUAGCAACCUGAUAGGAGCCCUGAGGGCUCUGGCAACCAUCCUGGAGCGCCGACCUGCCGUGCUUCGCCUGUUGCUCCUGGCAGCAUUUGCCCUGGUGGUGGUCCUGUUCCACUUCCUGUUUGCUCCAUUCACUGCCCUCUUCCACACCCACUUCUACGACAGGCUGCAGGACUCAGGCUCCUGCUGGCCGGAGCUCUACCUCUACUCUAGAGCUGAUAAGGUGGUCUCAGCCAGGGAUGUGGAACGGAUGGUGGAGGAACGCCUGGCUCACCAGGUCUCAGUGCGCGGAGUGGACUUCGUGACGUCUGCGCAUGUCAGCCACCUCCGAGACUAUCCUACUUACUAUACAAGUCUGUGUGUUGACUUCAUGCAUAAUUGUGUCCAGUGCUGAGGCCCUGCUCCAGAAAUAAAUGCCAACACCUCCCUUCAACCUA